UCUAGUGGAGCAGCGUUUCCACAUGUGUGACAGAAUGGCCAUCUACUUCUUCAUCGCUGCUUCCUACACCCCCUGGUUAAUGCUGAGGGAGUUGGGUCCGUGGUCGUCUCACAUGCGGUGGAUUAUCUGGAUCAUGGCGAUUAUCGGCUCCACAUAUGUCUUCUACUUUCACGAGAGGUAUAAACUGGUGGAGUUACUUGGAUACGUGGCCAUGGGGGCGGGGCCUGCACUGGUCAUCCUGUCCAUGGCGGACACGGCAGGUUUGUGUGAGCUGGCGGUGGGCGGGAUUUUCUACGUAGUGGGUGUGGCCUUCUUUAAGAGCGAUGGAGUCGUCCCAUUCGCUCACGCCAUCUGGCACCUGUUCGUUGCCAUGGGAGCAGCCACACACUACUACGCUAUCUGGAGACACCUGUACACACCUGGACACUGA